GUCAAACUCAACAAGUGUUUUAUGCCCGUUACCCAUCUCAAAAUCCUUGUAGAAAAUGGUGGUUUGCUGCAUGUAAGAUUAGAGUAAGAGCAAUAAUUGACAUUUCAUCGUUGAGUGAUGGUAGAAAUGUUUAUUAUUAAGAUGAUAAUCCUUCUAUGCCACAAUUGGUGCAACCCUCGACUAUUUUAAAUGAUCAUGUUUCACUAGCAUCUCAAGGGGAAGAACAAGUGGUGAUUAGUGAGAUCAUGCAAUUGCCAUAUGUGGUAGAGGAAGAAUGUGUGGGUGAGGAUGAUGAUGAAGAGGAAGAGUUUGAUGGAAUGGAAACAUCGGAAAAAGAACGCCUGGGGUUCGAAGAACCCACGCUUGGGUUCUUCGAAGGAACCCAGGCGCGGGUUCGAGGGAACCCAGCGCCUGGGUUCGAGGGAACCCAGCGCCUGGGUUCGAGGGAACCUAGCGCCUGGGUUCGAGGGAACCCAGCGCCUGGGUUCGAAGAACCCAAGCGUGGGUUUGAAGAAUCUAGCAGGCUUGGGUUCUUCAAACCCACGCCUAGGUUCGAAUCCAAGCCUGGGUUUGAAGAACCCAGCAGGCUUGGGUUCUUCGAAUCCGCACCUGGGUUCUUUGAAGGAACCCAGGCUCUGGAAAGGAAGAGGAAGGAGAAAGGGAAUGAGGAACUGGGUUUGAAAGAUCCAUCGCCUGGGUUCGACAAUCCCAGGCUCUGGCUUCUCACACAGCUGCAGCAGGAGCAACCCACUGUUACUCAGCCACCAUUGGACAAUGACCAGUACACGGGUGAUGAUGCAACAAUGGAGGAGGACACCGAAGAGCGUAAUUUGGAGGCUGAGUUGGAUGUUGAGUUUGCUGUGCUUGAUCCUGAGUUAGAUGCUCACUAGAGGAGGAGUUAUCACGUGCUGUCCCGAAGAUAGGAUGUGGCAUGGAUAAAGAACAUGACACUCCUACAAACCCGAGUCAAAGAAAGGUACUUAGCCUUAAUCAUGGAGGCACAUUCAGCCAUGAGAGGUUUGGGAGGACUGCCACUAUAAUAUGGAAGUACUUGUAUGAUGAGCUAGUGCUUUUUUGGUCUAGUUGGCCUGAGGAAAAGAAGAGGGUUGCUUGGGAGAAUUUUCAAGUAUGAAAAUUAUAGAAUAAAAUGAAGUAUUUUUG